GCCAAAGUUAAGUCACAUUUUCUACUAUCAGCUGUGUUCGAUGCAAUACCCUUGUAAUUGUGAUAGCUUCUAUUCUAGGAAUCAUGCACCUGUGUUGAAACGUGUUGCGUGCGGCGGUGUUCAAGGGUAGAGAUAAAGUGGGUGACAGUGAUUGGAAGGCGAUAUUGACGCCAGAUAGCGGUGUCCGGCUGAGGGAGGCAUAUAACCAGGCUGCGAGACAACCUGUCCACUCAGUCUUCCUUGCUUGGAAUCAUUCCGCCCGGCAGAGCACACUUCACUCUCGACAUGGCCGGAACCAAGGUGCUCGCGCUGAUGAUGUUGGCGAGCGGCGCACUCGCCGUGCCCAUGUCGCGGCAGGCCAGUGCGAUAGUGUGCCCCGACCAGAACGAGACCACCAUCGAGGUGCCCUUCGCCAACCCCGAGAACUGCAGCACCUUCUACGAGUGCGACAACGGCCAGGCCAAGCUGCUCGCCUGCCCCGCCAACACCUUCUUCAGCAGCAAGACCCGCACGUGCGCCUUCAAGAAGGACUCGGACUGCCCCAAAUCGGCGAGCCUGUUCUCGCUGUCGCUCGACGACGGCGACGCGGGCGUCAACUUCACGUGCCCGGCCGAGCCGGACAACAUCACGUCCACCUACUACCCCAACCCCGCCAACUGCAGCACCUUCUACGAGUGCUCCAACGAGGUGCCCGUCCUCCUGGAGUGUCCGAAAAAGCUGUACUUCAACGCCCGCCUCUGCGUGUGCACGCUGCCCAAGAAGUCCCACUGCACGCAGCCAGAUGACGGAGACGACGGUUUUGAGGCGUUUGAAGACGACGCAUCUGGAAUCAUGUCUGAUUAUGAAAGGCUUCAGCUGAAGGAGCACCUGGAGAGAGUGUACAGUGGCAGAUGUCGUAAACAGGACCUUUAGCAACAUUUUAAAUUUUAUAAAUUAACCUUCGAAAAUUUUGUGAAAUAAAACACACGCAUGCACUUAAAUAAAGAAUUAUUCUAGUUUUAACUGAAAAUUCAUUUUUAGUAAAACUAUAACUACCAGUAAUAAACAUACUAACAUUUUAAUUUAAAAAAAUCUUGUUUCAAAUGUAAUUCGAGCUCUAUGAAUGUAUGUUUGUAUUACUACAACACUACGAAAAUGUUUAUUAAAAUUUAUAUACUAAAGUA